UUAUAUGCCUUUGUUUUAGAAUGCGUUACGUGGCCGCCUACCUAUUAGCAGUGCUUGGAGGUAACUCCAGCCCAUCAACCAAUGACAUCAAACAUAUUCUUGGGGAAGUAGGUGUUAGUUUUGAUGAUGAGCAAGCAAAAAAUGUUUGCAGUAAACUUGCAGGAAAGGACAUCAAUGAGUUGAUCAACCUUGGAAAAGAAAAGAUGGCAAGCAUGCCAGCUGGAGGUGGUGCAGUCGCAUCAAGUGGUGGAGCUGCUGCAGGUGCUGGUGAUGCUGGUGGCAAAGAGGAAAAGAAGGAGGAGAAGAAGGAAGAAAGUGAGGAAGAAUCAGAUGAUGACAUGGGAUUUGGACUCUUUGACUAAAAAUGAAGUGAAAAUCAUCAAUCAUUUACAUUCCCAAGAAA